AGUGUUGGCACAGAGCCCGCCGGGACGAGCGGUGAAUCAGCAGAACCCCGACGCGGAGUGCGCACGCGCGAUCAAUACAAUGCAACCAUUCUCCGCCCUGCUUGCAUCAAGCGAACACCUCUCUCAAGCGUUCAAGGUCUCAAACUCAUAUUUUUCUGUAUUGAAAAACGCGCGUGUAUAACAAACGUCGCGUUAGAAGGUUACGCAGAUGUGUUGCGUUGUAAAACUAUUGUGCUCUGAACGCGUGUCGGUCGUGACUCGGAUGUUGUCUGACGCUUGAAAAUGGCUUCAAAAGUGCUCGUGCCCACAUCGCCGUUUUCGAAAUUGCAACUCAAGAAGACUCCUCCUGAAGGCGGCGGCUUCGUGAUCAGCAAUGACGCGGCGGCCAGGGUGGCUCACCUCGAGCACAGCGUCAGGUUCCUCCAGGAGCAGCACCGGUCGAUGCUGAGCGGCCUCCACGCUGAAAUCGAGGCGCUCAGGGAAAGAAACAGAGAUUUACAAUUCCAAUUGAUCUUCAACAAGGAGUCUUCGAAGGCCAGCUCCCCUACCACGAUGCCUGAGCCGCCGCGUAAUAAUGAGCAAUCGAGUUUAAAGGCAUUGGUACUUCGUCUGGAACACGAAGUGGCAGCUGCCAAGGAAGAAGCGCGUGCUGCGGAGGCUAAAGCAGCUCAGCUACAGAAGUUGGUCGAUACAGAAACCGAAAAACUUCGUGAAUUCGAAGCGGAGAGUAGAAAGUGCAAGUGUUCCCAAGCGGUGGGGAACGAGGAGACGGGCGCGGAGCUGCGCGCUCGGCUGGCGGAGGCGGAGCGGCUCGUGCGGAGACUGCGCGCCGACGCCGAGCGCCAGCGACGAGAGGUACCGGCGGGCGGGGCCGUCACUAACCACCUGUUUGACGGCGCGGCCGCUCACCGCGCUCACCUGCAUUGCAUGAAGAACUCUCUGCAGGCCAGCAUCCGAGUAAGCGGUCUGGAGCCAGGCUUCGGUUACCAGAACAACUAUCACUUCCCUCCUGUGCACAAUCCUGAGUUCUGGAGGGAACCGAUGAGAGAAGACUUCAAUUUGAUUGGUGCUCGCGGCAGAAGCACCCGACGACCUCUGACGUUACCAGAGUUGUCUGGGCAGGGAAUACAUCGCUCCACCGUCUAUGCCAAUAAUCAUACACGGCCGAGAGCGAAUGGCUACGAACAGAAGAGCAAGAAGACACAACCGAACGCCGAGAACAUCUCCCCCAGAACUCCCGAAGAGACAGAAUGCCGUUUAAAUACAACCGAAUGUCUCCCGAAAAUCGGUGAUUGUAAUAAAGAUGUUAACGCGAAACAUCCGCAAUUGAAAAUUGUUGUCUCGAAAUACAUACCCCACGGAAACGUGAACACGGAUCAGCCCGAGUCGAAGUCUCGCGGCCGUCGACCGAAUCAUCGCAAGCAUGGCGCCGACCACACGUAACUGCCGCACGCGACCACGCGCUGACCGCUCCAAGUUAUAAUUACGAGGCCUGUAACAUCUAUCGCGGCUGGUAAUACGCACGGUGAACAAGAAUAGUUAAUAAAACAAAACAAAACAAUUAAUUAUCAUGGAUAGUUUUCACCGCGAUGUCAGUUUGGCGUUGACAUUUGAAUACUGUCAUAAAAAAAAAUGACGCCAUUUGGUAUGCUCUGAACAUGAAACCUAAAUUAUGCACAUAAAAGUAAUACCAAUACAAAUUUCUGUUCAGUCAAUGUGAAAUUCCUGACCGUGAUUGUCAGUGUGAACUUUAUAACUUUAUAACUGUAAAUAAUAUUAAUUUGUUAUUCUCAAUCAAUAAAUAAAUCAUCUGUGGUGUUUCAUAUUAGUUACCGAAAACCUUUUUACUUUUUUCAUGCGAUAUUUGUUGCUUGACUGUUUUUCGACCUAGCAAACGUAGCCAGAAUUUUUUAAGGAGGAGGCUUUGUCUACAUCCAGAUGCUGUUUAGUUGAAACCUUUCUCAAUUGCUUAGGUUAUUCGGCAUUUGAUCUUUAAGUCAGUUCAAACCUACCAUUUAUAGUAUGUGUGCCCUACUUAUAUCUCUUAAUCUUACUAUAAUCUUAAUAUUUGUAAGAUACAAGGCACUUCGAAUACCUUGUAAAUGUACAAAGAAGUUAAUGUGAUGGUAACAUUAAACAAAUGAUUUAUUUUGGUGAUUGAGAGAGGAAAUUUCACAAAUUUUGAUAAUAACAUUUUUAUAUGUCUGUGAAAACUAUUCUACUUCAUCGAAAGUAUUCGAUCACUUUCUACAUAGUACAAUGCUUUAGAAAUUCGUAGUUGGAUUUUAUCAAUACAGUUUUAUAUAAUUAUUGUUGACUUCUUCACACACAACGCUUUGAUCUCUAACUAUAAUCGUUUUAAUCAUUAAUUUUGUAAAGAGGUGCGUUACAUACAGAAUAGCAAAACAGGUAUAAACGUCUGAGUAUAAUCACAAUACAAAGGAACGUAAUAUUAUAAGCAUGGGCACUUGAGUGAAUGAAGCAGCCGCUAUAUUAUCUACUUAGAUAUAUUCUACUAAGUUAUUCAAAAAUGAAUAAUCAUCAGUAAAGAACAAUUCACCAAUCCAAAUAUAUUGUGGGAUGUGUUUAAUUAAACGUACUGUUUUUCUUUUUGUACCAUGAUUGUAUUUCUGACACGAAGUCAAAACCAAUACCUACUUAAGCAUUUAUUCUUAGAAGAGUAAUAAGUACAUAUUAUUAAUAGUAAUUCCGGUACUUAAUAUUAUAAACCACGUGCUUAAUUUUACGAUUUAAAUUACCUACCUACCCUGUGCGAAUUCAUUUCAAUCGACUUUGUGAUUUUGAAGAUAAACUGUUAGCUGGGUGAACCAAUUGCUUUUUUGGCUCAGUAUAAAAUCAUCGGACAAUGAUUUUUUAAGAUCGGUGCAGUGUUAGUGUGAAAACUCAACUUUUUACUCUUUACUCUUUUCAUUGCGCGCUGUAUUGAAUUGAAUUCACAAAAAAUAAAUACCUACUAAAAAUAUGUACCUCCUCACAGCUUUGAUUCGCUGCCUAUUUUACCUGCAUAUUUAAUAUUGGUUUGUAAAAUUAUGAUGAAGAGAAAUCGUUGUGUGUGAGGAAGUCAUCCGGAAUCGAUUAUUCGAAUAAAAUAAUGUCAAUUUAAAAAAAAUAUUUCCGUCUCCUUCGUUCUCGUAAAAUAAAAAUAAAAACGACACCAUCAUGUUAUCGUUUUAAAACGCUUCUGACAAAAUGUGAUAUGAGAAGUAUUAGGUAUAUGAAUGAUUAUAAAAAGAGAUUAACACUUUAUUUUAUUAGGGUUUUGUGAUUUUAACUGAAUGCGUUAUUAUUUUAUCGCAAAGCGUAAAAAUGCAUUUUUUGUACCUACAUAAUUGAGCAAUAUGAUUUCUAAUACUCAGCGAAAACGUCUGCCAUUUUGUUUUCAAGAUUAAUAAUUUAUUUCUUUUUUCAGUACCAUCGGUGUGAUAAAGCUUUACAAAAAAUACCAUCUGGUUCGACUUGUAAUCUGUUAAAAGUUUACGACACAAAAUUAAAAUUUAUUUACACUUUCUAAUAUAUUUUUUGUUAAGUUUGUUCAAAUUAUUUCUUAGAUUUGCAGAUGAUUUUGACGUAUACUAUGUUUUUCUUUAAACUAAGGGUUUCUUGUACAUUCUGCCUUUGUCCUACUAUAAUAUAAGUGUGAUAAACACACGUAGUACCUCUGCAAUCGAACAGUUGUGAUUUGACUUAGUGUUUUUGCUUAAUUAAAACUGUCGUAGAGCCUGGUGCCACUUUCCCUGACAAUGUUAAAAUCAAAGUCAAGUAUUAUGUCAACCUAGAAAUAUCGGGACAGUGGCCCAUGAGCGUCAUACUAAUGCUCGCGUCGAGCGUAAUUAAAGACUAUGAUUUUUUUUCUUCUUUUAAUCUUGACUUGAGUGUAAGAAGAUGCGCUACAUUUUAUGUAAUUUAGCGGCAAAAUGUAAUUGGUAAAGUCAAUGACACCAUCAUAAAAAUAUAUAUAUUUUGUUCCGUCAAAGCAUUUAAUAUUUCUAUAUAAGAUAUUAUAUUCCAAUUUUUAUAACAUUAAUAACUGCCACUCUAAUUUUUUUUGUAAAUUGUUAGAUAGUUAUAUGUUAAAACGAUAUAUUUAGCUCGAGUACAAAUGUUGUGUUGAUUUAGUUUUUACAGCUUGUCAUGCAUACAGCCUAUUUUAAUAUUACUUAAGUGAAUAUAUCAUUCAAUACAACUAUGGAGGGUAAGGAGCGCCAUCUUGUUUAAGGUACAAGUAGAAAAAGUAUCCACCUGUAAACAGCAAGUUGUUGUUGAAAGACUCACCGAAAGAACAAUACUGUAGGAAGUGGGAAUGAUAUGAAUAUAGCAGUUUUAAACAGAGUGAAGGGUGCUGGAUUGAAGUGAACUGGGGUGGUUUAUGGCGCUAUUUUUUUAAUCUUUCCACUUGCUACUAUGGCACCACCUUAUUUGGCCCCCUUUCUGCGGACACUUUUUAAAACAUUGAGAUGGUGCUCCUUACUUCUAGGGUCCGUCCGCACAGACCAGCUCGGAGAGGAGAGCAGAUUUUUAUCACAUUGGAAGAUGAGUUUUGAGUAAUUGUAGUAAAGUUUAUUUUCGCAUGUGCACCUUCUUUGUCUUUAUGAAUGCUUGAAGGCGUUGUGUGGGAAGAGGAGCUGACCGGCUCCAAUUGUCGCUUUCAGACCUCUUCCAUAUGUGAAAUAGUUGGCGGCUCCGCUUCGGCCAAAUAAUUCUAAGCGAAUACAAUCCGGCCUGUCUGAAAAGAAAAAAGCGGGUCGAUGCACUUCGAGCCGGGCUGUCUGUCCUUGACCUUACUCGCCAUAAAUAAAAGCGUACAGUGCAGUGAUGCUAAGAAAAACAUUAUUCGUCACUCUCGCUCUAUUCAUGUGCGUUAGAGUGGAUACAGCUUGCCUUUGACAUAAAUACUCUUCAAAUUGUGAGAAGAAAUAGUCCUAUUUAAAAUUUUGGAGAGGAAUGAAAAAUACUUUGUUUGUAUUCAGAAUCGGAGAGUUGAUCUGUUUCAUCAAUUUUAUAUUACACGGGUUUUUGGCUAAAAAAAUACAAAUUUGUAUUUUAUGAUAUCGUUUAACAUAUGACUGGUGUAGGUAUUAUAAAUGAAGAUAAGCUUUAUUUGAUUUUAUCAAAUUUUAAUGUAGUUUUUUGGGCUAACGUGAUUCGUAUCGUAACGGUCUUUAUCUACCAGAAUAUGCCAAUUUUGUAGUCCUUAUUCCUUAUAUUAUAAUCAAAUAGUAAUUAUUGUGAUUAAUAUUGAGACGUCAUGAUUAUUCGACACGAUGGAAAUAUAUUUAUAGCGAAGUA